ACUGCCCGGGACGAAUCAGCGCGUCGUUAUUUUUGGCAGCAGUGUUGUCCGCGCAAAGUGAAGGCAAGUCAAAAAAUUGAAAAUCGUCAUAUUCAACAAAAUAGACAAAUUGAAAGAGCGUGAAAAGUGCAAAUUCCCGACGAUUUUUUCAUACUCCGUUAUUGAGUUGUUGUAAAUUUCACGUCUAGCACCCAAAAAGAUUCCAAAAUGACUGAUCGCAAAGCAGUUAUCAAGAAUGCCGACAUGAGCGAGGACAUGCAACAAGAUGCUGUCGACUGUGCCACACAAGCCAUUGAAAAAUAUAACAUUGAAAAGGAUAUUGCUGCAUACAUAAAGAAGGAAUUUGACAAGAAAUACAACCCCACAUGGCAUUGUAUAGUGGGCAGAAACUUCGGAUCUUACGUGACCCACGAGACCCGCCACUUUAUCUAUUUCUACUUGGGACAGGUGGCAAUACUGCUUUUUAAGAGCGGAUAAACUGGCCCCCCCAUUCCCCUCCCCCGACUAUACCCCCACUUCCCGUUAUUCCCAAAGCCUCCUCCUCGAACCCCCACCCCUCAUUCUCCCAGUCUAUCGUACUGCCCCCUACCCGGGUCGUUUUAACCAAACUUAUAUUAAAGCGCGUGCGAAAGAAUUGAAAGAUAGACUCGGAUAAUGUAAAAAAUUGCUUAGUAUUUAAUUUUUAUCGAUAUGAUAUUUUGGAAAUAAAUUAUUUUGUUGAUUCCCGGUUUUUUACUAUGCAAGAGAACGCACAAGUCAUUUACGAAAGUCGUGCACUUCGAGAUUUUGCGACCAUUCACUGU